AUGCGAUACCCUGGCUCGAUGAGGUUGCAUGCUGGAGGGCAAGAGAACGCAUCAGCAUGGCAAGCUGAAAACAACGAUGAGGACUGCAACCCUCAGGGUGAACCGACGUCUAUCCUCGUCUACCGCGAUGUGUCAGCGAGUCGCAGUUCAAGAUCCAAUCAAGAUCACAACCGAGUCAACGGCAACCUCAAGCCCAGCCUUCUGAUCGACAGCGUGGUUACUAACCCAGAGCCAUACAACUUCUUCCUUCGGUCUCACAUAGCUGUUCAAGGCACGGCACAGCCAGCGCACUACCACGUUCUCCGCGAUGAGGUGGACCUAGGCAGCAACAUCCCCGAAUUGACACUCGCCCUCUGCACCACUUCCGGUCCCGCUACCAAAUCUGUUUCCUACGCUGCGCCAGCCUACGUUGCCGACCGACUGUGCGAACGCGGGCGCGUCUACCUUCGAUCUUGGACUCAGGAUGAGAUCAAACUACCUGACUUCACUCAUAGUCAGAUCAAAGACAAGGAGUGCAACCCACUCUCGAACGAGGAGUUCAAGGAGUGGAAGAAGGAGGCACUGCGGCUUGCUCGCACUCCCAAUAUCUGGGGCAAGUACAGGUACAGCAGUCCGGUCUCUAACGAUAAGAUAGUCGACGGAAAGUCGUACUUCAAACAUAAGGUGCUACCAGCCAACCGCACAUCCGCUAAUGCCAGCAUUGCUUGAGUGAUGUGGGAUGCAAGGGACAAGAGUCGUGCAUGGACCCUUCAUCGUGGCUCAGCAAGCUAGAGGCUUAUUGCAGGAUCUGACGCGAGCAAUUUCUCCGCAACAUGUUGAUUUGGCUGGGUGGAGAUUGCCUCAGGAGCCGCAUGAACACCCACAAGUUAUCAAAGUUGGCAGACAAGCGUCCAGAUUUAGCAGCGGCAUCCUAAAGCGGGCGAGAACAGGGCGAGAACAGGACAGGAACAGAAGGGCAGCGGUUGAAGUGGGCAUGGUCGCGUUCGGCGAUGUGUUUGCCG